UUUCCGCGAGAAGUGCUAUAAUAGCUGACAUGAAGAUUUUCGCCAGAAGGACGAGCAGGAGCACCAUCCAUAUUCAGAUUUUGAAAGUAUUCACUGGUAUCAGCAUGAGAAGCGGUAGGAUAGCUGACAUUAAUGAUACCGUUUCCACUGGAAGCUCCAGGAUAGCUGACUUGAAGAUUUUCACGAGGACGAACAGGAUGAAAGUAGACGCUAGUAUUAUCACGAGGAGCACUGGGAUAGCUGACUUGAAUAUUUUCUCCAUAAGCACGAGCAACAGGAAAAUAGGCACUAUUAUUGACAUGGUGAGGAGCUCUAUGAUAGGCAGGAAUAGCUAA